AUGUCGUCUGAACCCAUCUUUUUCUGGAAGCCAGAGCAGGAGCAUGGGUAUCUAGGACAAUGGUGGAAGUCAGAGUUCACCGUACCACGACCAGAAGGCGGCGAGGAUCUACGAUAUGAGAACUGUGAACAUUACAUGAUGCAUCAAAAGGGCGUCCUCUUCGCCCCCGAUGAUCCAGUCACCGAAGAGAUUCUCGCUCCUUCGGGUCCCGUCCCUGAUCCCAGAACGAUAAAAGCUCUAGGCCGUCAAGUGCCCAACUUUGACGACGAGGUGUGGAAAAAGGAACGAUUCAAAAUUGUCGUACAGGGGAAUUAUUACAAGUUCACGCAGCAUCCUGACUUGAAAGCCCAGUUGUUGGGGACUGGGGAUAGGGAGCUCGUGGAAGCUAGUCCGCGCGAUAGGAUCUGGGGAGUUGGGUUUGGAGCGAAGAAUGCGCCAGCCCGAAGAGCGAAUUGGGGAUUGAACUUGUUAGGCAAGGCGUUGAUGGAGGUCAGAGAGACGAUUAGGAAGGAAGAAGCUGAGAAGACGAAAGAAUGA